AUGAUGAGUAUUUUGAUUUUACUUAUUUGCUGUAUGGGAUUUUUGGGGAAUGGAACUGUCAUCUGGCUUCUUGGUUUCUGCAUUAGGAGGAAACCGUUCACCACCUACAUCCUUAAUUUGGCUGUUGCUGACUUUGCAUUCCUCCUGAACUUAGCGAUCAAUAUUGUUUUUUGGAUUAUUUAUUACCAGUAUGUUAUUUAUAGCAUUCCUCUUUAUCUCUUAGCCUUUACAUACAACACUGGACAACUUCUUCUGACAGCAAUCAGCAUUGACAGAUGUGUGUCUGUCCUCUUCCCUAUUUGGCAUCGGUGUGUCCGCCCGACACAUUUGUCCAACACUGUGUGUGCCCUCAUAUGGGUCCUCUCCUUUCUGCUCUGUUUAACCCUCUACAUUAUUGAAAUAAUUUACAGCUUUCCACCUUGGUUUCCACCUUGGUUCUCAGGAGCAGGCCAAUUUCUCUUGACUGGAAUGCUUUGCCUCCCACUCAUGACAAUUUCAACUGUGAUCCUUUUCAUCAAAGUCUGUUUUAAAUCCCACCCUCGAAAGCGGGGAAGGCUUUUAACAGUUAUUUUACUUACACUCCUCUUCUUCCUCAUUCUUGCUUUUCCACUCAAUGCCAUGAUUUUUGCUAUGUCAAUUGUAAAUAUUAAUCUUGAACUCCGUAUUGGGUUUUAUUGUGCCUCCCUCAACAGCAGUGUGAACCCCUUGCUGUAUUUUCUGGUUGGGAGGAAGAAGGGAGGUCGAUCUAGGGAGAGCCUAAUGGUCAUCCUCCAGCGGGCUUUGAAUGAGGAGGAGAAUGACAGACAGGAAAUGGACCCUCAUUGUUCAAUCCCACUUAGGAACCUUUCAUAAGAGUUCUUUGGUCUGGCUGUAAUAUGUCCU